AUGUUCAAAGUAAGGGAGUUCAAUGAUAAGCAUACAUGUCCGUUAAAUGAUAAGGUAUAUGAGCAACAUCAAGCAAGUAAUAGCCUUAUUGGUGGUAUGAUUAGGUCCAAAUUUACUAAUCAUAAGAGGAAAUACACCCCAAAGGAUAUAAUUGAUGAUGUGAAAUCAGACUUUGGUGUAGAUGUUAGUUACAUGUUGGCGUGGAGGGCUAAAGAAAAGGCAAUAAAUUUUUUGAGAGGUGAACCGGAUGAUUCAUACAAUAAAUUGCCAGGGUACUUAUAUACACUGGAUAUGACAUAUCCUGGUUUGCAUACUAGAAUGGUCAUUAUGCCGCUAGCAUAUGGUAUUGUUGAUUCAGAGAACGAUGCUGCUUGGUCGUGGUUCUUUGAGCAAUUCAACGAAGCAUAUGGUGAGAGGGAAAACAUAUGCAUCGUUUCAGAUAGGAAUGAGAGUAUCAUCAAAUCUGUAUCGAGAGUGUAUCCUACGGUACCCCAUCUUGCUUAUAUAUGGCAUCUAUGGAACAACGUAUAUAAGAAAUUCAAAAAGAGUCACUCAAAGUUGAGCGAGAUAUACUUCUCGAUGGCAAAAGCAUACACUCAGGAUGAAUUUGAUAGUCUAAUGAAAAAUGUGGAGAAGGUAGAUAUUCGGAUGAAAGAAUACUUGGAAUUAGCUGGGUACGAAAAGUGGGCUAGGUUGUAUGCACCGGUUGUACCAUCAGCUGAACACUUGCAUAUGGUGAACGAUGAAGGAAGGCAUUACACUGUUUGCCUCCUAGAGAAAAAGUACAGUUGUAGGCGAUUUCAAGUUGACGAAUUAUCAUGCCCACAUGCUUGA